CUCUUUCAAUCGUCUCUCCCACCGUUGCCCCUCUUGGCUCUGGGGCACGUCGUCUGGCUGGACCACGUGCCCAUGCUUUACACGUCUUAUUGACCUCAUGAUUUGCACGCUUUAUGAACCUCGUGCUUUUCAUCCGCGCACGUUAGCUUCCGCUUUGCAACCUUUCCUUCUAGUUGGCAGCGGAGUUUCGGCUCUUCUCCACACGCCGCCAUGGCGCCUUCCCGCUGCCCUGCCUCGAUGGCGAUGGCUCCCCAUAUCCACCGUGAUAUGCAACCACCUGCUGCAGGUUCGCGUCGUGUCGAUUGGCUGCGACCCCGCUGCCGGCGUUCCACGUUGAACGUCGCCCGCGACGAAGAUGUUGAAGCAUCCAACAUUCCCGAAGCAGCCGAUCGUUCAAGGCGAUCAGAGCAUGCGCGACGUGCGGCCCGUCGCGGCGCCGACGAAGUGGUUGACGAAUUCCCCUGAGAUCGUAGCGGCGGUCUGUUGACGAAGUAGUCCGCAGGGGCGCGGCCAGGUGAGAUUGUUGGCAGCCGUGCUGCGAAUGCUCCGAUACCACCUCCGUCGCACAUGAUUCGUCGCUCGGAGGCCGGAUUCCACGUUGACUGGCCUGAUGAGUGGCAAGUUUACCUGGGGUAGUAUAACAAUGAGGUGUACCACGCCGUCACUUCGGCUAAGCUCGACCCCGCGCUCGUGUCGACGGCGAGGGCCGAGGAGAUGAUUCUCCUGAAGAAGUUAGGCGCCUACGUGGUCGAGAAGAAGACCGAGUGUCUGGCGGCCACCGGCCGGCCGCCCAUCCCUUCGGGAACAAGGGCGCUGCGGUCAAGAUGGAAUGUCAAGGAGACGAAGUGCGUCGCCUCCAUGGACACCGACAACCUCGCGCAGACAUUCUCCGCUACUCCGCCUUGCGAGUCCUUCGGGAUGAUGUUGAUCAUGACAUCGUUUUGAUGUUCAUCGACAUCACGCGUGCGCAUCCGCGCUGCGAGAUGCACCGUGAUGUGUGGGUGGCGUUGCCCCCAGAGGACCCGCGCAGCAACGAUCCCGAGCUGAGCGAACGUCUUCUGAAAUCGGUUCACGGCCUGCGCGAUGCGGGCCGGAAUUUCGAGUUAUUCGCCCACUCUGUCAUGGAGGGCCUCGACUUCGACGCUGGGGCUGGGACCCAGUGUAACUUUCAGUAUUGCUUGAGGAAUCCGCGAGUGUGCGUGUAUGGUGACGACAAUUUCGUUUCCCGCGGGUCGAGGCUCGACCAGGAGUGGCUGCGCACCGACCUGGCUAAGCAAAUGUGGACCAAAUGGGUGCGGGCCACGCAUGACAAGCCAGACGCGGUCGAGCUGCUGGCGGACGUGCGCCUGCUCGCGGACGCUGUCCGCGCCCAGCGCGCGCGAGAAGACUGAGGAGCUGGGCGAGGCGCUGCCGCCAGCCGCAGACAGCCAGUAUCGCAGCCUGGCCAUGCGGGCCGUUUACUUGUCAGAGGAUCGGUACUCGGGCAAAGAGCUGGCGAGGCCUGUGCAGUCUCUUUCGGAUGGCGCCUUUGGACAUGCUGAGGCACCUCUGGCGCUACCUCCUCGGCAGGCCAGAGAUGGUCCAGCGGAUGGCCCGGCAGAGGCGGUCCGAGGCGGCUGUGUCGGCAUCGGCUUCGAGAACAUGGCUGAGGACCUUUGCCGUGACCUGAAACCGCGGCUCCACGGCGACGCCGCGGCGGCGUCGGGCAUCGCGAGGAGGCGAGGCGCAAGGUGCCUCCGGCGCGUGGAGGUCUGGACCCUCAAGCUAGAGCGCCGCAGCACAGAUGCCCGUAUUCUGCUAGCGCGCCGGCCUGUGCGAAGUAUUUGGCGCGGCUGGCAUUUGCCGCAAUCCUUGAGCGUCUGGGCUAUCGCGACAUGGCCGGCCGCUCCGUACUGUCGGUGCGGGCCGCUCUACGGCACCUUGGCUGAUGGCUUGAGCGUGUGCGGAGGCGGCCAGCAGAGCUGUCUCUCGUCAGGGCACCUGCGUGCCGUUUCGCGCAGUCGCCUUGAAGUCCUGUGCGAAGA